AUGAGUGGGGACUUGGAUCAGCCGCCUCUCAAGAAACAGCGCUUCUUCACCGAAGAUCCGUCUGUGCCCCAUGCUUCAUCGUCUCCAACCCUCGACGCGUCUUUACCUCGUCACUGCCCCGACAUCGAGAAUUCCGACCCCGAGCACAACGACCAGCAGCGCAUCCCCGAGACACCAAAUCGUGAUCCCUUGAACCGUUCCGAUCGAGAAACGGCGGCAUUAAUCGAUUCCCCAGUAACUAUUGUGACAACUGAGGCUAGCCCGACCCCGAAUGAAACCAUUAAAGCAGACUCGGAGUCUGUGCCUCCGACUCCGAUCGUCAUCAAAGGCUUUGAUGUCGGUUUGUUCACCAGCAUUAUCGGCGAACAGCUCCCCUAUGAGUCAAUAAAAGCCAUCCAGACCGCCGCAUUAAGCAAUGUCGAACGAGCCGUGAACAUCUAUUUCGAUGGUUCUUGGAAGAAACCCACGAAAUCAGCCUCUAUAACCAACGGGGGUUUGAAAUCGAAGACAAUCCGAGCAGCCCUUCCCCUCCAACAAAACUCAGCCGCUGAAUCCUCCGGAUCGUCGCCUUCGAUUAAAGACAAUAAUAUCUACGAUGCUUCACCCGUUCUGCGUCAGCAACCCGCGACAAGAUAUAUCGGUGCUUUUGGAGUAGGUGGAUGGGCAACAAGGAGUGGACUAGCACUGCUGAAGCAUGGCGAUCCGGUCAAUAUCGAGCGUGCAAGAUCCCAGCCAGUCACCAAGCGGGCCCGCAAUGGGAAAAUGAUUGUAAAUCAAAAGGGCGACGUCUUGACUCGUUUCACGAAUACCCAAGGACAAGAAAUCGGCAGACUGCCUCAUGAGACUGCGGAAUGGGUUUCAACCCUUCUAGACCAGAAAAUAUGCCACUUCGAGGCUGUAUGUGUAUACAUGCCGGACAGAGUGCGCGUCAAUGAUACGGUCUACCUCCAGCUUCGAUGUUUCUUACGCAAAGAAGCCUUCCAGCAUGGCCUUUUUGUUGGUACUAGUGACGACAAUCGUGCCGUUAGUAUGUUUGAAGAGAAGGAAAGCACCGAGGAGAAGAACCUUCGACUUCGUCAAGUUUCCCUUGUCAAGCUUUUCCACGAGAUCAAUCUUCAGCCGACUUCAAUCAACCCGACAACCGAAAAGCACAAAAGAGAAGGACUGCUUCAGGCUGCUGAAAUGGCAGAGAAGUAUGAUGGGGUCAAGAAGGAGAAAUCGAAGACGAAUAAAGAUGACGAUGAGUCUUCUUCCGAGGACGAAACCCAAGAAUUAGAAGAAGAUCAACUGGACAGUCUCUAUCGCAAGGCUCAAUCUUUUGACUUCAACAUGCCCGAGGCUGAACCUGGCCCGGACUUCGUUCUCGACCUUCGCAAAUACCAAAAGCAAGCGCUUCAUUGGAUGUUAUCGAAGGAAAAGGACAAGCAAGAGGGUCGCGACCGCUCGAUGCACCCCCUUUGGGAAGAAUAUAUCUGGCCGACCAAGGACGUGGAUGACAAAGACCUGCCGGCGGUUGAAGGCAUUGACCACUUUUAUGUGAAUCCCUACUCAGGCGACUUGAGUGUGGAUUUCCCUGCGCAAGAACAACGUUGUCUGGGCGGGGUUCUAGCCGAUGAAAUGGGACUAGGAAAAACCAUUGAGAUGCUCAGUUUGGUCCAUACCAAUAAGACCGAACCUCGUACUGAGACGUCGAAUGGAAUAUCCUCCGUCAAUGACCUUGCCAGAGUUCCAAAUUCAUCUACAGCCGUGGUCCCCGCGCCUUAUACAACAUUGGUAGUUGCUCCCACGUCAUUGCUCGCCCAGUGGGAAAGCGAAGCGCUCAAAGCCUCCACUCCCGGAUCUAUGCGUGUUCUUAUGUAUUACGGUGCGGAGAAAGCAGUAAGUCUUCGAGACAUUUGUUGCGAAGCAAAACAUGCAUCUGCUCCUCACGUUAUUGUCACCAGUUACGGUGUUGUGUUGUCUGAAUUCCGCCAACUUGGUUUACAAUCAACGCUGGCUGCCGGGGCCCACAAUGGGUUGUUCUCGGUCGACUUUUUCCGUGUAAUUCUUGAUGAAGCGCAUCUGAUAAAAAAUCGACGUUCAAAAUCCGCCAGAGCAUGCUAUGAGCUCAAAUCACUUCACCGAUGGGUCCUGACUGGUACCCCUAUUGUCAAUCGCCUGGAGGAUCUAUUCAGCUUGGUCCGAUUCUUAAAGGUCGAGCCGUGGAGCAACUUCUCUUUCUGGAAAACCUUCAUCACGGUACCAUUUGAAUCUAAGGAGUAUGUCCGUGCCUUGAAUGUGGUACAAAGUGUGCUGGAACCUCUUGUUCUCCGGCGAACCAAGACCAUGAAAACGCCCGAGGGUGAGCCAUUGGUUCCCUUACCUCGACGUGUAAUCAACAUCGAGGAAGUAGAGCUCUCGCAACAGGAACGAGAAAUCUACGACUGUAUUUACACCCGUGCCAGGCGCACGUACAACGAGAAUGUCGCGGCCGGCACUCUCAUGUCAUCUUACUCGACAAUCUUUGCCCAGAUUCUUCGGCUUCGACAAACAUGCUGCCAUCCAAUCCUCACUCGCAAAAAAGACAUUGUUGCCGACGAGGAAACUCUAGCAGCCGCACUCGAUGCGACCAGUGAGUUGAAGGAUGAUAUGGACCUUCAAGAACUAAUCAAUCAAUUCUCGACUUCGACUGAGAACGCCGAAACUGAGACCGCUGAAGCCGAGGACCGAUCGAUGAAAAAGUUCACAGCUCAUGCCCUUCGACAGAUACAGACCGACUCUAGUGGAGAAUGUCCAAUCUGCUGCGAGGAUGAGAUGAUAGAACCGGCUGUCACUGCCUGCUGGCAUAGUGCUUGUAAGAAGUGUCUGCAGGACUUUCUCCGGCAUCAAAUGAAUAAGGGAGAGCAGGCACGCUGCUUCUCAUGUCGUGUGCCGGUCGACGCCAAGGAUAUCUUCGAAGUAGUCAAGCAUCCGGCCAUGCCCGUGGAAAAUUUCCCUGGGGUCGAAGAUCUGCCCGGCAUCACCGAGCCUGUUCCUCGCAUAUCACUACGACGUAUCAACCCACUCUCUCCCUCCGCACACACAUCAGCCAAAAUCCACGCCCUGAUUAGCCACCUUGGUCGAAUUCCACCUAAUACAAAAUCCAUCGUGGUUUCACAGUUUACAUCCUUUUUGGAUCUUAUCGGCGAUCAGCUUUCUCGCGUCGGGGUAUCACAUCUUCGUCUUGACGGCUCGAUGCACCAGAAGGCUCGCGCUGCUGUCCUGGCAGAGUUCACCAAAACAGACACAUACGUCGACGAAAUAAUCGAUACUGAAGAUGAUACCCCUACAAAUAAAAGGGCAUCAACAUCCAAGACGAAACCAUCCUCGCCGCCGGCCACCGUCCUCCUCCUUUCUCUCAAGGCCGGCGGUGUCGGGCUCAACCUCACGGUUGCGAGUAAUGUGUUCAUGAUGGAUCCAUGGUGGAGUUUCGCUAUCGAAGCGCAAGCCAUCGAUCGCGUCCACCGAAUGGGUCAAACGCGAGACGUCGCCGUAACACGAUUCGUUGUCAAGGAUUCUAUCGAGGGCCGCAUACUAAGUGUGCAAGAGCGCAAGAUGAAUAUCGCCGGUACACUUGGAUUACGCGUUGGCGACGACGAUUCCGACGACGAUAAAAAGAAGGACAAGCUCGCCGAUCUAAGGUUGCUCUUCGAGUAA